AUGCCAUAUAUCAUGUUAUUCAUUACGAAAAAAAUGUAUUGGUGUGCAGGAAUAAUAACGUUAUUAAGUGCCUCUGUGGUUGCAAGUGUUGAAACAAAUACUCCAAACAAAAACAGUGAAAGUAAAAAUUAUUCAAUUCUUGUGGACAAGAGCAAUAACUAUUACGAGAUUUUAUCAAGGCCAAAAAGACUUAGUGAGCGGAACCUUUCUAGUACUAGUGAAAUAAGUAUGAAUGUUAAUCAAACAGUCGAUUCAACAACUCCAAGUUCAACUGAAAAAUCGAAUAUAGUUUACGAAAUAGGACCAUCAAAUUCUUCAAUACUGGCUGUAGUUCAAGUUAAUGCUUCGGCUGCGACACCCAAUGCCUCUGUUAAUCCAUCAGACGCUGCUCCUCUUCCAGAAAAAAGCUCAGCUGAAGAUGAACAUAAUAGCUCAAUGGCAAUAUUUUUCGUACUCUGUAUUUUGGCCUUAGGUAUACUGUUAAUACAUUUAAUGUUACAAACAGGAUUUUCUUAUCUCCCUGAAAGUGUGGUUAUAGUAUUUCUUGGUGCUCUCAUUGGAAUGAUAAUAAAUCUUAUGUCGAUAAAAAAUAUUGCCAAUUGGAGAAAGGAAGAAGCAUUUUCACCAACAGCUUUCUUUUUAGUGUUGCUACCACCCAUCAUAUUUGAAUCGGGUUAUAAUCUCCACAAAGGCAACUUUUUUCAAAAUAUUGGUUCAAUAUUGUUAUUUGCUAUCGUAGGAACUGCAAUAUCAGCAUUUGUAAUUGGAGCUGGUAUUUACUUAUUGGGUUUGGCUCAGGUUGUAUAUAAACUUAGCUUUGUUGAGUCAUUUGCUUUUGGAUCCCUGAUAUCUGCUGUGGAUCCAGUCGCCACUGUGGCUAUAUUUCACGCUCUAGAUGUUGACCCAGUUCUCAACAUGUUGGUAUUUGGGGAGAGUAUAUUAAAUGAUGCUGUGGCUAUUGUGUUGACAACAGCCGUUCUGGAUUCCAAUGACCCUUUCAUGUCUACAGGAGAGGCAAUUCUCUCUGCAAUUAAUCGAUUUUGGUUAAUGUUCUUUGCAUCAGCUGGCAUUGGUGUACUUUUUGCACUUGUGAGUGCCUUACUCUUGAAACAUGUUGAUCUCAGAAAGAAUCCAUCUCUUGAGUUUGGAAUGAUGUUGGUAUUCACAUAUGCUCCUUAUGUGUUAGCUGAGGGCAUUCACUUGUCAGGGAUUAUGGCUAUACUGUUUUGUGGUAUUGUGAUGUCUCAUUACACUCAUUUUAAUUUAUCCACAAUUACUCAAGUUACAAUGCAACAAACAAUGAGAACUCUUGCAUUCAUCGCGGAAACAUGUGUUUUUGCAUAUUUAGGACUUGCUCUAUUCAGUUUCAGACAUCGCGUCGAACCUGCACUGGUAGUCUGGAGUAUAGUAAUGUGUCUCCUUGGCAGAGCAGCUAAUAUAUUCCCUUUGGCACUGCUUUGCAACAAAUUUCGAGAACACAAGAUUACCAAGAAAAUGAUGUUUAUUAUGUGGUUCAGCGGUCUAAGGGGUGCGAUAUCUUACGCUUUAUCUCUGCAUCUUGGAUUUUCGGAUGAAACCAGACAUGUGAUUAUAACAACGACACUCAUAAUCGUGUUGUUUACUACUUUGUUCUUCGGAGGGUCCACGAUGCCACUAUUGAAAUUUUUACGGGCAAACAAGAAAACAAAACGUGCACGACCUUUGCGCAAACAAAAGGAAGUAAGUUUGUCUAAAACAAAAGAGUGGGGGCAAGCAAUCGAUUCUGAACAUUUAUCUGAAAUCACUGAAGAGGAACUUGAGGUGAAUUAUUCACACGCAACUCGUUUACGGGGCUUCGUUCGAUUUGAUAUGAAAUAUCUGACCCCGUUUUUUACGCGACGUUUUACACAUCAGGAGCUAAAAGAUUGCAAAAGCCAAAUGACAGACCUGACAAAUCAAUGGUAUCAAGCGAUUAGGAUAUCCAAUGAUAGAGAAACGGAUGAAGAAGAAAUUUUACAGCAGAACUCCCUUCCGAGCUCACGCAAUAGUCUGCAAAGAGGUGUUUAGUAAAAUGUUUAAUAUAAUUCCAAAAUAUUUUCUAUGCUUAUAUGUAUAAUCUUUGAUCUUACAAUUAAUGUAUGCACACGUGCAGCUCUAAUAAGUAGCUUCAUCUAAGCUGAUCUUAAACCUUAGCCUUAACAGUUCACCGUGCUGUGCGCGAGAACAAAAAGACCAUGGAGUGUCGUAUUUACAAUUCUUAUUUCUUUAUUUCAAUUUUAUUUUUAUUGUGUUGUUUAUUUUAUUUUAAAGCAUUUUAUGCAUUUUCUCUUGAAUAAUAAUUACUUGUGCGUCCUAAUUUCAUAUUUUAAAAAUCAUAUAAAACUGUAUGGUACUUUCGUUCUCCAUCCGUAUGAAUGUGAAGACAGCGUGAGAACGCUACCUUGAACCCUCACAACACAGCCCACUGAGUUUCUCGCCGAAUCUUCCCAGUGAGUCGCGUCUUCUGAUCCGGUGGUAGAUUCUGCGAAGCACAGUUCUUGCUAGGGUUCG